CUUCCUCUAUAAAAUCGUUCUUGGUUUUGGUUUCAUUUAAAGCUCUGUCUCUCUCUGCGUAAAUCUCAAAUGACGUAUUUUUUCAAAGCCAAGUUUCUUUUACUUCUAUUUUUCCUAUCCCUUCUAUCUGCAAACUUGAUUCUAGCCUUCGAAAGAGAAGAUCUAGAGCUUCAGAGGUGCCAGCACCAAUGCAAGCAUCAAGAGAAGUUCGACGAGAGACAACAGAGAGAAUGUGAGCAAAGGUGCGAAGACUACCUCGAGGAGAAACAGAGGCGACAGCAUGUAGAACAGCGACGCGAACAAGGAUACCAAGAAGAAGAAGACGGAAAGCAGUACAGGGAUAAUCCUUACUUGUUUGAUGAGCAGAGCUGGAGGACUGUCAUCGAAGAAGAAGGAGGCAGUACUAAGGUCCUAGAAAGGUUUACCAGGAAGUCUAAUCUCUUACGUGGGAUUGAUAAUUUUCGGGUUUCAUUAUACGAGGCAAACCCUAGGACCUUCUCGUUGCCUAACCAUUGGGAUGCUGAGAGUGUCUCCUUCGUUACUAAUGGAUAUGGGACGAUCACCCUUGUGAAGAAUAAUAACAGAGAGACAUUCAAUAUUAAACGUGGAGAUAUCUUAAGGAUCCCUGCUGGUACCAUUGUCUACUUGGUCAACAAAGACAAACAAGAGAAGCUCCAAAUCAUAGAUGCCUUCUCCAUUCCAGGUCACUUUGAGACAUUUUUCGGCCUAGGAGGGAAAGAAAAUCCGGAAUCAUAUUUCAGGGCAUUCAACACUGAAAUUCUUGCAGCUGCUUUUAAUGUACAUAGCAGGGAGAAGGUGGAGAGGUUGUUCGGGGAAAGAAAGAAGGGAGUGUUUUUGAGAGCUUCAGAGAAGCAGAUCAGGGAAUUGACCAAACAUGCAUCGUCUGAAGGAGGGAUUUGGCCUUUUAGAGGAGGAGGUAGACCGAGAGGGCCCUUUAACCUGUUCGACCAACGGCCCUCCACUUCCAAUAAUUUCGGAGAGCUCUACGAGGCUAAGCCUCACGAGUUCAAGCAGCUCCCGGAGCUUGAUGUUGGGGUUUCCUUUGCCAACAUCUCCCGUGGAGCAAUGGCUGGACCGUAUUUCAACACUAGAGCAGUGAAGGUAGCAGUGGUGGUGGACGGAACAGGCUGGUUCGAGAUGGCGUGUCCCCACUACCAUCCUUCAACUUCACAAUCGUUCGAGGAACAGGGGCGAAGCCGACUCCAGGAGGAGGAAGAAGAAGAGAGGGAGGGAGAGAGUGGGCCCCAAUAUCAGAAGAUUAGGGGACAACUGUCGCCUGGUACAGUGUUUGUUACACUGGUUGGUCAUCCCUUGGUGGUGUUAGCAUCGAACGAUGAGAAUCUCCAGCUCGUCUGCUUUGAGAUCAACGCUGAACAUAACGAGAGGAUCCAACUUGCAGGAAAGGAAAACGUAAUACAGCAGUUGGAGAAGGAAGCAAAGGAGUUGUCCUUCGGAGUGCCGGAGAAACAGGUAGACGAGGUCUUCAACAGUCAAAAGGAAUCUUUCUUCUUCCCUGGACCCCACCAUCGCCAUGGUGGAGGUCACGCUUCCACGUGAUCAAGAAAUGGUGCCGCCGUGUAGUAUAUGGGUGAGACUAUCGAAGUGUUUAUGUACAUGUGUGUGUGUAGACGGCAUAGCGAGCAUGUAAUGUAAAUCGUAAU